UCUAGGUGUGUGACCUCUUUGGAGGAGAAUGCCAAAGUGGGAUAUCCUCGCCUGAGCCGCUUCAUCGGUGACUUUAUUGGCUGGCUACCUUCCAGAGUGAAUAUAUCGUGCCUGGUUGCCUUCUUCCUUAGAGUGGCAGAUUCGGGUUACAGAAGAUCUGAUCUCGAAUGCAAGAAGAAAGCUAUUAUGUCUCAUACACGCAAGCCCCCCCUCGUGACGGGUAUUUCUCCCAAUGAAGGUAUUGCAUGGACCAAGGUCACAAUUCGCGGAGAGAAUUUGGGAACAGGCACAGCAGAUCUUAUAGGCUUGACAAUCUGCGGUCAUAGUUGUAUUCUCACUGCUGAAUGGAUGUCCGCCAGCAAAAUCGUGUGUCGAGUCGGUCAAGCUAAAAACGAGAAAGGAGACAUCAUUGUCACAACCAGGUCUGGAGGCAGAGGGACUUCGACUGUCUCCUUCAAACUUCUGAAACCAGAAAAAAUUGGUAUCUUGGAUCAGUCUGCUGUCUGGGUCGAAGAGAUGAACUAUUAUGACAUGCGCCCUGACAGGAACAAAGGGAUGCCCCCUUUGUCUCUCCGUCCGGCUAAUCCUCUCGGCAUUGAGAUAGACAAGGGAAGGUUUCCUCCAAAGGAACUGGAAGCUCUGUUUCCUGGCAUGAGUGCCGAUUUUACCAGUGAAAAUUUUUCUGCCGCCUGGUAUUUGAUAGAGAACCAUUCUGCAACCAGUUUUGAUCAGCUCAAAAUGGCAGUAAUGCAUCUGAAGAAACAAGCCAACAAGAAAAAUGAGGGAAGUCUGGCUUACGUCAAAGGGGGUCUCAGUACCUUUUUUGAAGCCCAGGAUGCCCUGUCAGCAAUCCAUCAAAAGCUGGAAGCAGACGGGACAGAGAAAGUGGAAGGAUCCAUGACGCAAAAGCUAGAGAAUGUUCUGAACAGAGCAAGUAAUACAGCAGACACACUAUUCCAGGAAGUGUUAGGUCGCAAAGACAAAGCCGACUCAACAAGAAAUGCCCUCAACGUUCUCCAGCGCUUCAAAUUUCUUUUCAAUCUCCCACUGAAUAUUGAAAGAAAUAUUCAAAAGGGUGAUUAUGAUGUUGUCAUUAAUGACUAUGAAAAAGCGAAGUCAUUGUUCGGGAAGACUGAAGUUCAGGUGUUUAAAAAAUAUUAUGCAGAAGUUGAAACUCGAGUCGAAGCGUUGAGGAAGCUACUUCUGGAUAAACUGCUUGAAACACCAUCAACUUUACAUGACCAAAAACGCUAUAUAAGAUAUCUUUCUGAUCUCCAUGCAGAAGGGGACCCGGCCUGGCAGUGUAUUGGUGCCCAGCAUAAAUGGAUCCUGCAGCUUAUGCACAACUGCAAAGAGAGCUAUGUGAAAGAACAGAAAGGCCACGUGUUAGCACACAGCCCAAUGUUGGAUCUGGACACUGAAGUACGCCCAUCGUCACUCGGUCAUCUCAGUCGGAGUGCUUCUCUGAAAAGAGGCAGCAGUAAUCAGUCCAGCCGGGAUGAAACUUGGCGAUUUAAAGCGCCUCAGCAAGUGGCCUUUGUUGAAAAACUAACCAAGCUCGUCGUGAGCCAGCUCCCCAACUUCUGGAAACUCUGGAUCUCUUACGUGAACGGGAGCCUCUUCAGUGAGACUGCAGAAAAAUCUGGUCAAAUGGAACGAUCCAAGAAGAAUGCUAGACAAAGACAAAAUGAUUUCAAGACUAUGAUUCAGCAAGUGAUGAAGUCUCUGGUCAAAUUGAUCCGUGGGGCUUUACUUCCAUUCAGCCUUGGAGAAAAUGAACUGAGAGAGUACGGGGGCUGGGAGACGAAAUCUGAACUGUCUGGACAGUGGUUGCCUCAUGUCAUACAGACAGUUAGGCUCUGUUAUGAAUCUCUUACCGCGCUUGAAAUACCGAAUGACAUGCUUCAGAUCAUUCAGGAUCUCAUUUUUGAUCUCAGAGUUCGCUGUAUAAUGAUUACUUUACAGCACACCACUGAAGAUGCAAAGAGAUUGGCUGAGAAGGAGGACUGGGUUGUAGAUAAUGAAGGCUUGACCUGUCUGCCAUCCCAGUUUGAACAGUGUGUCAUGCAUUCUUUGCAGUCACUCAAGGGUGUCCUUGAUUCCAGGCCUGGGGAGACCAGCCAUGGGGGGCAGGGCACCCAGGAGCCAGCAGGGCCCCUGGGAGCCGCUGCAUCAACUGCACAGGUUUUCAUUGAUUGUCUGGAACAACUGAGUACCAAGCCCGACAGUGAUGUCGAUACUACACAUCUUUCAGCUGAUGUUUCAUCACCGGAUUUAUUUGGAAGUAUCCAUGAAGACUCCAGCUUGUCAUUAGAACGGAGGCUUUUAAUUGUGCUUAGUAACUGCUGCUAUCUGGAACGUCACACCUUCCUAAACUUAGCUGAGCACUUUGAAAAACAUGGUUUCCAAGGAGUUGAGAAGAUCACUCAAGUCAGCAUGGACUCCUUAAAGGAGCUUGACCAACGACUGUUUGAAAUGUACAUUGAACUGAAAGCUGACCCUAUCGUCGGCUCGUUGGAACCCGGCAUUUAUGCCGGUUAUUUUGACUGGAAAGACUGCCUUACUCCGACAGGUGUCAGAAACUAUUUGAAGGAAGCCCUGGUACAUAUCAUUGCCGUACAUGCUGAGGUAUUCACGGUCUCAAAAGAACUGGUUCCCAGGGUGCUCUCUAGGAUCGUCGAAGCAGUCGCUGAAGAGCUGAGCAGGCUGAUGCAGUGCGUCUCGUCCUUCAGCAGAAAUGGAGCUUUGCAG